AAUAUUUAAUUUUAAAAUUAGAUAGUAGCAUCCGACCAGUCAUUAAUUAUGGUACGGCUUUACACGGGAAUUAAAACGGGCAUUUGAAAACGUAAAUAAACGAAAUUUGCACGUUUUUCGUGUUAAACCACAUACGACAGGUCAAGGAUGAACAAUGAGACAGCUAAAGUUUUAUUCCGAGAAGGAGCAACUUUUGUGUUACUGGAUAUGCCAGAGGGGUCCGAGUUUGGCAUAGAUUACAACUCCUGGACUACAGGGCCUAAGUUUAAAGGGGUAAAGAUGAUUCCCCCAGGAAUACACUUUGUUUACUACAGUGCAAGGAGCAGCUCUCUAGGUGGAAUGAGGACAGGUUUCUUCCAUAACUUUUGCAUACUGGAAUUAUUUUACAUUCUUUUAGAUAUAUCUGUAGAACCUGUCUCACCAGAGGAUCAGGAAAGAGUUAUGUCUAAUAUGAAGGAAUUGGACCAAUAUCUUGGACCUUACCCUUAUGAAAGCUAUAAGAAAUGGGUAUCACUAACCAAUCAUAUAACAGAGGACUUGUUGUCAAGGUUACAGCCUGAAUGUGGAACUAUAACAUCAGUGACCCAGUUUGAAUCACCGUCUAGCAACAGUGAAAUGAGGCGCGAGGCUGCAGAGAAGCAAUUAUCUGAGGAGGGACAAUCACCAGACACAAAAGCAAAGAAACAUAAAGGUCUUCCAAAACUGAAUAAAGUUGCUGGUACGGGAAUGAGGUUCACAAAGAUACCUAAACAGAGAUAUCCAAAAGAUGCCAGCCCUCAGGAGAUCACAAAACACAGCAUUGACUCCACAUUUAUACUUGAAACACUUCUUUCUACUGCCUAUGCAGCAAACAAUAAUGAAAUUCUUGGUGAAAUUCAAAUUGAUUUUAUCUGCUUUCUGAUUGGUCAUGUGUAUGAUGCUUUCGACCAAUGGAAAAAGUUGGUACAUCUUAUGUGCAGUAGUGAGUCUGCAUUGAAUUCUCACAGCGAAUUGUUCAUGGAUUUAAUAUCAGUGCUUCAUUUUCAGGUACAUGAAAUUCCAGAAGAUUUCUUUGUUGAUAUCGUGUCAGCUAAUAACUUUUUAACUUCAACUUUACAAGAGUUCUUUUCAAAUUUAGAGGAGGGAAAUGGAGAUAGUAGUCUUAGACAAAGAGGGAGAAAAUUUCGCGAACAUUUAACAAAAAAGUUUAAGUGGGACUUUAUGACAGAACCAGAUGAGUAUGCACCUGUUAUUGUUGAUGCAUGAAUACAAAAAAGUGUAUGUAAGAUAACAGAACUGUGCCAAGAAUUCCCACAACUAAAAACCACAACAACUGUAAACUCAGUCAAAAUUUGUUACUAUUUUCUAUUAAUUCUGACCAGAUAUCAAUCAAAAACUUUUAGUAAGAUAUAAAUGCACUCUCUUUUUAUCCAUAUUAAAAGUACAUGUAGUUGUUUAGGAAAUAGAUAUCAAUUUUAAGUGCAUUGUUGUAGAAUAAUGCACGAUUUAAGUUCAAAUGCGUAGUAAUAUAAAAAGGAAGGAUGAUAGGCGUUAGUGAUUAAUUACAAAACAAUAAACUGCUUUGUAAGCAAGCAAAAUAUAUAUCUAUAUCCAUUCUUAUAUAUGCUUAUGGGAAAUAGAAUUGAUCUAUGACGUCAUAUGAAGUGUAAGCAUUUCUUUUUUUAGCUGUGCAUAUAUCAUGUAAUAAUGCACUUGACAACCCUAUCUGUUAGAUAGGGGAAUCCCUAUCUGUUAGAUAGGGGAAUAGUGUGAAGUGUGUUAGAAUGAUAUACAAUGUAUCUUGAAAUGCUUUGAGAAGUCAUGAUUCGCAUACCCAAUACAAUACAGCUAAGUCAGCUUUUAGUCUUAACAGACACUGUUACCUGCUUAAAUUUAUUGUGUAAUUACUGAAUCCCUUCAGUGAUACUGAACGUAACAUUUCCAAAUUAAAAGUUCAAGAAAUAAAUUAAAAGGCAUGAGGUAGACAUAGAUAAUUCAAUUGUAUUUUAACCGUUACCCUGCCAGAACAGAGCUGUUUCAUUUUGACAUACCAGUACCCAAUAUUGGUGAUGGACAGUUUAGAAAAUGAAAGCUGGACAAGUCAGUUUAAGAAAUUCUUCAUGUUCUUCUAUCUGCAACUGUUUUUAUUGAUUCAAUGGAAGAGGUGAAGAAAAGGAGGCUAUUUUUAAGAGUAAAAAAAAUCCAAGGACUUUUUAAUAACCUUUUUACAGAGUGCAUAU